AUGGGCCUCGCCGUUAAUAGUCGUUUGCGCGCUGUCUCGACCGCAGAUAUACUUCGCCCAGAGGAUAAAGACAUAGCCUUACUUGUGAAGAACCUGGAACGUCUUGAUAGCACCUCCUAUGACGCUCUGCAAGACAGUCUCGACCAGUCUACGUGUCUGCAGCAGCUCCGGCAUUAUCUGAAGGACGACAGUGAAAUUCACGGUGCGAACAGUGGUUUCAGACGGGCUGGUGGUUUUCAGGCACUCCUUCAUCUGCUUCGUUCACUGGUUGACAAGUAUGCUGCUCAGGAAGGCGCUUCAGCCGACAUCAAGACCUUUCUCCAGACGCUUUCACAAUGGUUCGCUGUUCUCGGCGCUGCAUUGGAGGGCCAUGAUGGGAACCAGAGAUAUUUCAGGACGAAGGUGGAUAGUGGCGGGUGGAACUCCCUGCAACGUACCCUGGAGCAAGUCCUCGCCAUUUUGUCCUGCCCGAUCAGCGAGGAGUUGUACCUCGAACAGCUCUUUGGGAUGCUCUUCGCGACCGUGGCGGGCGUAGAAAUGAUUGACGAUAUCUACACGGCCGUGGAAAAGUCAACCAAGCCUCGAGAUGGAAAUAUUUUCUCCGAUGAAGCCGUGAUUUCCACUCGCCGUGCCGUUGCAAAAUCAGUUUCAAGUGUCGACGAUCUAGCAGUGCCAGAUAUGCUACCUACCAUUCUCGCCCUCUGGACUGCUGGUAUCCAAAGUGGUUCUAUUUCACAACGGUUGGUGCGGCUUGCCCUGCCGCUCAGCCUCAAAGAGACUCUAUCACGAUCGCGGUAUAACAUUGUCUCUGCACACACUGCUGGCACUUUAACGGCCAUUCUGAAGUUGGCGUUUGAGGAGCGUCUUUCUGCAUUCGAAAGAACUCUCUUCAAGGAAGCUGCCUUGAUUCUAUGUCAAGAGGGUGUCUCGAGCCUAGAUGAUGCCCAUUUUCUCUUCAGCCAGGCAGCGGUAUCGUCCGAUGCGGCAUCAUUCCUCCUCGAGGCAAUUGAUGCCUCCCGGCAGCCGCCAAGCAUUCAAUUCGAUCUGUCGCAACAGGGGUAUGCUUCCACCGAGCUUGCGACACUGGGAAGACCGUUCCCUCCUCUCGAUAGUGGUGGCUACACCUUAAGUCUCUGGGCCCGAUUCGAUUCCUUUGACAGCCAGGCACAUACCACUCUUUUCGGUGCGUUUGAUAGAAGCCAAACCUGUUUUCUAUUGGCAUACCUCGAGAAAGAUACCCACCAUCUCAUUCUUCAGACCGCGAUACAAGGAACCAGACCUAGCGUGAGGUUCAAGUCUGUUGCGUUCCAGCCAGACCGAUGGUAUCACAUUUGUGUGGUCCACAAAAGACCGAGGACCACCUCCUCUUCGAGAGCUUUUUUGUUUGUGGAUGGAGAUUUUGUGGAACAACAAAAGGCAAAUUAUCCUGCCGUCCCACCAAGUGAUCGUGGCCAAAAUGCCGUCAAAAUACAAGCCUUUUUUGGUACUCCUCAGGACCUGUCCCCUAUAUCCGCUGGGGCGACUUGCUCGUCCAAAUGGUCGUUGGGUUCCGCAGUUCUUUUCCAAGAAACCAUGAGUGAUGAUUUGGUGGCUGUCUUCCACCAUCUCGGCCCAAAAUACCAUGGAAAUUUCCAAGACUGUCUGGGAUCAUUUCAGACUUACCAGGCUUCUGCUGCAUUAAAUUUGCGAAAUGAGAUGCUGCACCCAGGAAAGGAAGACCAGUCGGAGCUCAUCCUGGCCAUCAGACAAAAGGCCAGCAAUCUUAUCCGGGAGGAUAAGAUUUUGAUCAAUAUAUCUCCCGCCGCGAUCCUGGACAAUGACGAUCGAAACCACAUCGAUGAGACUCAAUUGGUUAAGUCAUUGUCCAAAUUGGCCGCUAAAAAUUUGGUAGCCUAUACCCGCUCGGGAACGAAUGCUGUGGCCAUCAACGGAGCGGUCCCGGCCAUCAACGAUGCGUUGACUCAAGCGCGAGGUGUGUUCAUGCUGAUGGGGGGCCCCACAGUGGCCGUUCCACAAUCUCUGGAUGAUGCCAGUUGGCGUUUGGGAGGUUGCGGCGCCAUCGGACUUGGACUCGUCCAACGAGCUCGAACCACUGACGAUGUCGCACUGGCGGUUGAUAUUCUUUUAGGGACCGUGCGUCACAGCUGGAGAAACAGCGAGGUGAUGGAAAGAGAUGGGGGCUAUGCCAUCUUGGCCAUGCUAUUGAAAGAGAAGCUCGCCGCUCCCUCCCAGAACAACGGAGACCCAGGGAAGCCGCUGGGAGCCAUUCCCACCUCUCGCCUCGAUAGGAACGGGCUGUGUCUACGGGUCUUGAAAUCGAUCUUGUCGUUCACCGGAUAUGAUUCGGAAGACUUGUCAAGAUCGGUCAUCAAUAAUCCUCUGGCGUACAAAGUCUUGAUAGCGGACAGCAGCAUUUGGAGGUGUGGGCCUCUCCCAGUCCAGCAGUUAUACUUUGAUCAAUUUUUGGUGUUUGCCGAUCAAAGUCAAUACAAACGUUUUAAUCUGAAAAGGUUGUCGAGAAUGAGAGUAUUGAAGCGACUUUUGGAAGCUCUCAAGGCUGAGCCUGUGGCAAAAGCAAUCAUGCCCAUGUACAUGGGAGCAUUCAAAGUUCUCUUGCCUCGCUCACUGUCGGCGGAAACGCUCCGGUCGCUUGCUCUGUUCAUCACGUUCUCCGUCAACAAGCGAAAUGCGGGAUUACAAUUCAGAAAGCCUUCUCGAAGAGAAGCUCGACAAAGAAGUUCGUCGGCUGGAUCAUCUCACAGCGGCAAAGAUGAAGCAACACCCACUCUGUCACAUUUCGAGAUUGGAGUGGAAGUUCUCCGGCUAUAUUCAGAGUUUUUGUGCCGCCAAGGCGAUGAUACCAUGAUCAAAAAGUUUGCCAACACCGUCACCAACAAAUGGCUUCUCUAUCUCCUGUCCGAGACUUCUCCAGAAGUGGUGGUGCUCUCCAUGAGAAUUUUAGCGAGACUGCUGGUUGUGCAUGGGGAUGCUUACGUCAAGAAAUUUAAGGAUAGCUCCAAGACGUCGGGUUUUACAAUCAUGGCGUAUCGUUUGAAGAGAUGGUGGCAUCUACCCGCCUUAUGGCCUGCCUGUUUUGCCAUUCUCUUCGACUUGGAUGUUGCAAACUUGCACCUAGACAGAAAUUUUGAUCUCUUCGGUUUCAUCGACCUCUUCGCCGCGAAGAAAGAACUUUCGGUUGUUUAUCCUGAAAUUCUCGAGGUCAUCAUGGCCAUGUUGCAGAGUGGUCUCAAAACUAUUGUUUCGUCAAAGAGACACCAAGCCGCUUCCAUGCUAGCACCGCCGCUGGAAGAAUCGAAUCAACCUCCUCAAAGACUGUCCAUGUCGACAAUGGCACCACCCAAUCCACUUCUGACGAUCGUGACCGGCCAGCACGUCGAGACAUUCAACACGGUCGUUCGAUUUCUCGCCGACCUCCAUACUCGGUCUCAGAAGUUCCGGGACUAUGCGGCAAAUUCGUCCUACAUUCAAGAUCUUCUGGCCGUCCUUUUUCCCGUGGUCGUCGGAUCCGACGUGGUCGAGGCCAGGACGGAGCUCGACGCCAGAGAUUCAAUGCUGACCUUCGAUGGGGGCGACGUCGUUGUUCAUCCACUGUCUACCACGCCUCCUGUCAUCCGCACCGCGGAUACCGAAGCACCUUCAGUCGCGACACGAGGCAAAACACUUCGCAGAGGUUCCUCUUUUGUCCUCGUUACCAGAGAGCAGGCUCAUUCCCACAGUAGUGGAACCGGGCUGUCGCAUGGGGAUGGCUCUGGCUCCGCCGUGGGCAAAGCCCCAGAAUUCAACGAGGGUCAUUCGAUUGUGCAGAGCUUGCUAGAAAUCGUCAUAUCUGUGUUUUUGGAUCAGAUUCUUUUAAGAAAAGACUUCCUCGGACUUGGUCUCUUCUUAAAAACACCACCCGGCUUCAUCGAACACCAAUCAUACUUUGAAACAUGGAUCCUGAGAAACACCGUCUCCCAGCUGGCGAACCACAUAGCCUUGAAUCAGAAAGUUCUGGCUGAACCCAGGGUGCUGAUCAACCUCGCACGAUUAUUUACCCAUCUGGAGGAGGCCCUCUUCGAAGGAUGGUUUAUUGGGGGUGCGGACCCGGUUCUCGACCUAUCAGGAUCCAUAUUAGAGUACUUGCAGCGCCCCAACAUCGCGAAGUUGAAAAGUGUUCGUCUCUGUGCGCAAACCAUUGCGAUUAUCCGUGCGGUUGUCUUCCGUACAGUCCUCCUCAGUCUAUCAUCGAUCCACGAUCAAGAGUCGUUACCCUUCCUGGAGAAGUUGACCUAUUGGCAGACGGUCCUACUUUCUGCGGAAGAAACUCAGUCGGCUCACCUGCAGCUCGUGUGUUAUCUGCUCUAUGCCAACCUCGUUUCGUCGUCAGAUGCCGUGCGACAAGCAGCGGCUAACCUGUGGAGGAUCAUUUUGGUCCAAAAACCCGACGAAGCAUCAGCAAUACUUGGACAGACAGAUACCACUGAACAAAAAGGAUUGGUCGCCAGCUUUGAAAAAGUGGUGGAGCUCGAUAACGAAACGUUCCUAUACUGGGUUGACGAGCACCGAGAUGCACUGGACUCUCUCUUCUUUGAUACCCUUUCAAAGCAGUGGAACACCUUUGUCAGCACAGAGAACAAGAGAACCGAGGACAAUGGACGCAUGAGGAUAUCUCGUCGCCGGGAAAAGGUGAAGCAGUGGGCUCGAGAAGAAGCGGACCGUGACGACCUCAUUCGCCGUCAUGAAAUCGCAUUUGAGAACUGGACCGCCAACAUAUACUCCUCGGAAUACCUCAAACAUCAGAGGCUGCUGCAAGAUCAACAGGACGACCUUUUAUUUACCGAGGCAAGCUUCGACCGAAUGCAAAGAGACACGAGCAGACCGGCUGGCCUCUUUGCUGUCGAUAAGCCUCGGAGAUGGCGAUUGGAUCAAACCGAAGGUCGAAAUCGGAUGCGGAUGCGACUUCACGAAGAUUUCACCAAGACCGAGGAUGACCAGCAACCAAAAAGAAAAGGAGCGGACAUGCCACCGCUGCGACUGGAUACGAGGAAUGCUAAAAUGUCCCCCGCGGAGGCCAUCGGCGUUACCCCGGGGGGGAUAACACCUGUGGUGGACACUCCGAGACGUGUUGAGAGCGGAACGGAGCCAUUUCCCCAAAUUCAGGCAGACGCUCAGCGCCAACCUCAAGAUGACAAUCAAGGUGGAGAAGCGAGCGAAACACUGGAAGGGGAUGAAAGUUUCGAACUGGUUGAAGAUCCCAACGUCGAGAUGAAUGAAUUCGAAGACAAGAACCGAAAAGUGAUGCGGAGCCUGCACCGCGGAGAUCAGGUGAAGCACGUUGCCAAUAUUUCACGAAUCCUUGGUCUGGAAGCGGUGGAGGGGCUUCUUAUUUUGGGUAAAGACUAUAUUUAUCUCCUCGACAACUUCUUCCAGCGCGCCGAUGGAGAAAUUGUCAAUGUCUGGCAAGCACCACGGGACGAACGUGAUCCAUACGUGCGGAUGAUUUCCGGUCGGGACGUCACGGAACGAAAACACAUAUCGCGGAAUGAUGAGCAUGGUACCCGAAGCUGGAAAUGGUCCGAGAUCAUCAGUGUUUCCAAACGACGUUUUCUCUUCCGUGAUGUGGCAACGGAGAUCUUUUUCAGCGACGGCAGAAGCUAUUUGCUGACCGUUACUUCUCCUCAAACCCGAAACGACUUGCACAAUCUCAUCAGCGCUAAAGCACCCUCGCCCGGUGGGCUGGGAAGCACCCAUUCGGAAACAGCCUGGCGAUACGACACGCUCCGGAGCGUCGAUGAUGAGCCACAGACCUUGGGUUCCAAGUUUGCGAAUGUAUUCGGGCAACAAUCAAGUUCACUCGCGGCGACGAAAAAAUGGCAAAAGGGAGAGAUGUCGAAUUUUCAUUAUCUGAUGCUCAUCAACACCAUGGCCGGACGAACCUAUAACGACUUGACUCAGUACCCCGUAUUUCCCUGGGUCAUUGCGGACUAUACAAGCGAGGAGCUCGAUCUGACUGAUCCGAGGACUUUCCGUGAUCUUUCUAAACCGAUGGGUUGUCAAACAAUCGAACGGGAAAGAGAAUUCCGAGAGCGAUAUCACACGUUUGCGGAGAUGGGAGACCACAAUACUCCAGCAUUCCACUACGGAACUCAUUAUUCCUCGGCCAUGAUUGUGACGUCCUAUCUCAUUCGUCUCCAACCCUUCGUCAAGUCAUAUCUUCUGUUGCAAGGGGGAACGUUCGACCACCCCGAUCGCAUGUUCUUCUCGAUUGAACAGGCCUGGAGAUCAGCUUCCAGGAUGAAUAUGACGGAUGUUCGGGAACUGACCCCUGAAUUUUACUAUCUUCCCGAAUUCCUGGUCAAUCUCAACGACUUUGAUUUCGGGACGAGACAGAAUUCGUCCCAAUCUAUUGGGAAUGUCGAGCUUCCCCCAUGGGCGAAAGGCGAUCCUCGCAUCUUCAUUGCCAAACAGCGGGAGGCCCUCGAGAGUCCUCACGUGAGCCGAAAUCUUCACAAAUGGAUUGAUCUCAUCUUCGGCAGCAAACAGAAAGGAGAGGCGGCGGUAGAAGCGGUAAAUGUGUUCCACUACCUCUCAUACCAGGGUGCAAAAGAUCUCGACACCAUCACGGACCCGCUUGAGCGGCUGGCGACGAUUGGAAUCAUUCAUAACUUCGGCCAAACACCGUAUCAAGUUUUCUCCAAACCUCAUCCGGCACGAGAACAGAUUCGGCACCGGUAUAAGCGGCUCGAUACUGCAGCGGAGUCAUUGACUCGUGUCCCGUCGACUCUCCUGGAGACGGAAGAGAGAGUGGCCUCGCUCAGAUACUCGUGGAAAUCGGACAGAUUAUUGUGCUCUGGAGCGUUCCGGCUCAACAUCCCCCCCGACUACGACAUGUAUAUGGAGUGGGGGUUUUCGGACAACAGUGUCCGCUUCUACUCGGCCGACAGCCGGAAGCCCAUCGGCCUCUUCGAGCAUUUGCACAUCGGGCAACUGUCUUGCGCAUUAUUCACGGACUCCAAGACGUUCGUGACAGCCGGGACAGAUUGCACCGUCGCAGUGUGGUCGGUGAUAGAGAAUGGAAAGCAGGUCGAACUACAGCCGCGAGCGACUCUUUUCGGCCAUCGCAAGCCGGUGACUGUUCUGGCAUUGUCGAGGUCAUUCAACGCCUUGCUGUCGGCAUCGACGGAUGGACAGGUGAUGCUGUGGGAUCUCAACCGGUGUGAGUUCGUCCGCACACUCGAUGAUGAGUUGGCAGUGAAUUGUGCGGCCAUCAACGACGUGACCGGUAACAUUGUCCUCUGCCACGGCCAUCAGAUCAGCAUGUACACGUUGAAUGGGGAUCGACUUUUGCGACAAGAUUCAGGAGACCGUACACAGGAGAGCAUUGUGUCGUGCGCAUGCUACGAGGGCGCCGGUAAUGAGUGGCUGGAGCGGGACCUGGUCUUCACCGGCCACAAGAGAGGACAGGUGCGCAUCUGGAGCAAAGUGCCACGCGGGGGCGGGUUCGAAUUGGAGUUGAUUCGACAACUCAAUCAUGCAGAUAGUAGCCGAGAUGAUGGAGCAAAUGUGAACGCCGGGAUCAGUUGCAUCCUGCCGAUGCCACAGGUAGUCUACACCGGGGACGAAGACGGCAGAGUGGUAGGUCCUUGA